UAGUCGCCUGUUAAUCUCGUUCCCGUUUUUACAACCCUAUCGAGACAAGAACCAGACAAGUGCAAGUGUCGGUUUACUUUCGGUUUACUUCUGGACUCGUGACUUGAAGCAGUUCUGAAUUUCUGUAAAGCAGGGAGAUGGCAACAGAUAAACUUUUCAAGCAGAUUGAUGGUAAUGAGGAGAAGUAUAUCAAAAGACUAGCAGAUACAGUGGCAAUCAAAAGUGUGUCAGCAUGGCCCGAAACUCGUCCAGACAUCACGACAAUGGUGGAGUGGGUGAAAGCUGGAUUUGAGAAAAUUGGAGCUACAACUGAAUUAGUUGACAUUGGAGAACAGGAUAUGCCAGAUGGAUCCAAGCUUCCCCUUCCUCCAAUUCUGCUUGGAACCUUGGGAAGCGACCCCAAGAAGAAGACACUUUUAGUGUAUGGCCACCUGGAUGUACAGCCAGCAAAGAAGGAAGAUGGCUGGGACACAGAGCCAUUUGUUUUGACAGAGAAGGAUGGAAAGCUGUAUGGAAGAGGAAGUACCGAUGACAAGGGACCAGUGCUGGCCUGGUUGAACUGCAUUGAAGCCAUGCAGGAAAUUGGAAUGGAAGUUCCCAUCAACCUCAAGUUUAUAUUUGAGGGUAUGGAGGAAUCUGGAUCAGAAGGUCUGGAUGACCUUGUCAUGUCCAAAAAAGACACAUUCCUUAAGGAUGUCGACUAUGUGUGUAUCUCAGACAAUUACUGGUUAGGGAAAAAAAAGCCUUGUUUGACUUAUGGGCUCAGAGGAAUCUGUUACUUCUUUCUGGAAGUGGAAUGUUCCACCAAGGACCUUCACUCUGGCGUGUUUGGGGGCACAGUACAUGAAGGAAUGGCUGACCUUAUUGCACUCCUGAACACGUUGGUGGAUAGCAAAGGUCGUAUCUUGAUCCCUGGCAUCAAUGAUUCUGUGGCCAAACUGACAGACAAGGAAAAGAAAUUGUACGAACCCAUCGACUUUGACCCUGAGGAGUAUAAGAAAGAUGUGGGAGUAACUGAGUUAAUCCACAACAAGAAGGACGACAUUCUGAUGCACCGCUGGAGGUACCCCUCCCUGUCCAUACAUGGAAUUGAGGGAGCAUUCAGUGAGGCUGGGGCUAAGACUGUGAUUCCUAAGAAAGUGAUUGGCAAAUUCUCCAUUCGUCUUGUCCCUGAUCAGCAUCCAGAUGAAAUAGAAAGACUGGUCAAGACACACUUGCAGCAGAAAUUCAGCGAGAGAAACAGUCCCAACAAAAUUGUGAUCUCUAUGGGUCACGGAGGAAAGCCAUGGGUCAGCGAUUUCAAUGAUCCAAACUACAUCGCAGGCAGGAAAGCCAUGAAAACAGUGUUUGGAGUUGAACCAGAUUUGACCAGAGAAGGUGGUAGCAUUCCAGUGACCUUGACCUUCCAGGAGGCAACAGGCAAAAAUGUUAUGCUUCUUCCCAUUGGAGCUUGUGAUGAUGGGGCCCACUCCCAGAACGAGAAAAUCGAUAAGUCAAACUACAUGAAUGGGACCAAGGUCCUGGGAGCUUACAUGAUGGAGCUGGCUUUGUUGUAAACAGCAGUGUCUUCCUGGCAACUGUGAUAGGAACCAGUCAUAUCCAGUAGUGUGGAAUUGUCAUGUGAUUUACUAAGUACCAUGUGAUUAUCAUGUGAUAAAUGUGAAACUCAUUUUUGUAUGUAUACAAAAGCAAGGGAACAAGUCAUCACUUUAUUUUGAUUUAUAGUGUGCCAUUUUUCAAUAUUGCUUAUAGAUAUUGUUUUUAAAAAAAUGUGAGUCACAUUAACUGUCAUUGAACAACCUGGCCAUGGUAUAAUCAUGCCAUAAUUGUGUUUAUAUUUAAUCAAAAGCAGUUGCUAUUAAUGAGAAUUUCUCUUUUUCAUAUAUAAUUUAUCAGACAGAAGAUAUGUUAUAUUUUGAAACACUGAAUUAACAAAAAGCUAUGCAUAAUUUAGAUGUCCCAUUGAGUGAUCAUGUUUGAUUAUGUAUGUAUAAUUACAUGCAAAGCAAUAUAGAACUGUUAAUGAUCGUCCUGGGUUAAGGGUUAUUUGUACAUGUUGUAUAGGAAUUAAAGAAAAAGAUCAAUG